AUGUUAGCAUAUUUUACUAUUGUUUUAAUGUUGAGUGUCUUGGUGUAUUCCGAGAAGCCGGAAAUAACCAUAGGUGCAUUCAUCGGGGACCAGUCAUUGCCAUUCGGAAUACAUCGGAGUGGACCAGCGAUUGAAUUAGGACUUCAGAAACUGAAAGAACUGGCUGCUGAUGAAUUUGAUGUGGAAGUCAUUCGAUACAUUUCUGACUUGGAGUGUAAACCGGAGAUGACUGGUCUUUUCGCAACUGUUGUAGCCGAGAUGUAUCACAGAGGAAACAUAUCGGCAAUAGUGGGACCCAUUUUUCUCAUUGUUUGCAACAAUAUUGCCCUCAGAGAGUUGAUGCUGACUGCGCACUCGAUUGGUAUGACAAAUGGAGAGUAUGUGUUCCUGUAUUUCUUUGCGAUGAAUGGAUUCAUCAACGGCGAGAUAAACUGGAAGAUGGGAGAUGAAAAUGACGAGAUCGUGAGAAAGGCCUUCCAGUCAUUGUUCCUCGUGGGACUCUUUCAGUCGGAAACCAAUGAAUAUGCGGAAUUCAAGUUUGAACUUACGAGAAGAUCUUUGGAAAUGUACAACUACACCUACGGUGUAAAGGAAGAUGUGAAUCCACACGCUUUCGCAUUUUAUGUCGCAUUUACAUUAUAUGGAGAAGCUGUAAAGAACAUAAUUCGUGAUGGAAAAGACUUCCGAGAUGGCAAAGAAGUCACUAAACGUUUAUGGAACAGAACAUUUAAUGCGGUCAGCGGAAAGUUAUUCGUUAACACCGAAGGUGAUCUGCUUGUUGACAUGAUGAUUCUGGAUCUGGAUCUUAAAACCGGCGAAUUUGUUUUGAAAUCCAUGUCGGAUGGCGUUACUCUAAGCGACAGGUCGAUGGACUAUCGAGUAGCUACGUACAAGGGAUCAAAAGUUAAUCUUUUCGAAUUCAAGAAAAAGUCAUUCUCAAGCAGUCGAACUCUCUUCCUGGAAUUGUUACAGCUAAGAGAUGUAAAUUGUUCCAACUUGACUAAAUUCAUUGGACUCACUGAGAGCGACACUGACCAGCUGUAUGCUGUAACUGAAUUCUGUUCACGUGGUGAUUUAAGGGAUAUUUUAACAAAAGAUUCAUUCAACUUGAACAAGGAAUUUCGAAUAUCCCUAAUACGUGACAUAAUUCAGGCAAUGGAAUACAUCCACACCUCUAACAUCCAGUAUCACGGGCACCUGAACAGUAGAAGCUGUGUCAUCGACAGCAGAUUCGUUCUUAAAGUUACAGAUUUCGGAAUACAAUCCUUGAGAGAUUUUGAAAUCGAUGAACGCAAUGAAAAGUGUCUCUGGGCUGCUCCUGAGCUUCUUCGAAAGUCAAUAACAAAUACAGACAUCAUCGGGAUGCAGUGCGCUGACAUCUACAGCUUUGGUAUAAUACUGUAUGAAGUUCUCUCUCGGAAGGGACCUUUUGAAGACGAUAGAGACUUUUUGACAUUGGAUGAGGUUAUAACGAAACUGAAAUACGUCAACCAAACACCAUUUCGCCCACGUCUAGACUUGGUAGAGAUCAACAGAGAUAUAGAUAGACUGAUGAAGAAGUGCUGGGACGAAGACCCCAAACUAAGACCGACUUUCCACGCCAUACGGAAAGAAUCGAGAAAACUGCAAUGGGAUAGAUCUGGUGACAAACUACUGGAUACGCUACUAUCCCGUAUGGAGGAAUACGCUGAUAACCUGGAAGGCUUGGUAGAAGAAAGGACACAGAACCUGAUAGAAGAGAAGAGGAAAUCAGAGGAGCUACUGUAUCAAGUUCUGCCGAGAAGUGUCGUCAACAAAUUAAAGAGUGGCAGAGUAGUGGAUCCGGAAGCUUACACGUGUGUCACGAUUUAUUUCAGUGAUAUCGUUGGAUUUACGGACAUUUCAUCAGAUAGUACCCCGAUGCAGGUUGUUGACCUGUUAAAUGACCUUUACACGUGCUUCGACAAAAUCAUCGACAAUUUUGACGUCUACAAGGUUGAGACUAUUGGCGAUGCAUACAUGGUUGUUUCUGGUCUGCCUGUGAGGAAUGGAGAUCAACAUGUUGUAGAAAUAGCUAAGAUGUCAUGCUCUAUUCUACAGAAAGUGAAUGUUUUCAAAAUUAGACACAAACCCAACACGCCUCUGUCCACGCGGAUCGGGAUACAUUCUGGUCCGGUUUGUGCUGGAGUGGUUGGUCGUAAAAUGCCGCGGUACUGCCUGUUUGGUGACACAGUGAAUACAGCGUCACGAAUGGAGUCCAACGGACAGGCCAUGAAGAUACACUGCAGUGAAAGCACACGGAAUCUUCUUAAUGGACACCAUGAAUUUGUGUUAGAAAAGAGAGGGAAUCUACAGAUCAAGGGGAAAGGCGUCAUGACGACUUACUGGCUUUGCUGUCAAAUAGCGAAUGCGUCAGACAAUGUCACACAUGUUUAAACUUUGUCACGUCUAAGUAUCAGUAUAUAUCGUGAAUGUUUAAACUUUGUCACGUCUAAGUAUCAGUAUAUAUCGUGAAUAUUUAAACUUUGUCACGUCUAAGUAUCAGUAUGUAUCGUGAUUGUUUAAACUUUGUCAAGUCUAAGUAUCAAUAUUUAUCGUGAAUGUUUAAACUUUGUCACGUCUAAGUAUCAAUAUUUAUCGUGAAUGGUUUUGAUUAAUUCAUGGCAUACCCUUUUGCCCACUCGGAACUCAGAAGGGGCGGCUUAAUGGACAUACAAAGAAGGCCAAAAGUAAUUCCAAUUUGAAUAAAUAUUUUGUUGCUUUACGUCGUAUUCCAUAUGUUUAGAUAGAGGAACGUCACCAAGCGUAGGUUUAGACCCAAGUAUUUUAUCCCGAUUCCUGUUUGAAGCUUUACAUUCGGUUUAGUGUACAUGUAGUUGUUUAUGUAUAUGUUCCAUAUUACUAAUUUCUAGACGGUGG